GAGAUAAGAUAAUCGAAUUUUAUAUUUCCUUUCUUCUAUUGGGAACCGACUCUCAGUGGCUAGGGCAGGCUCAUCAUAGUCUCUAUAAAUAGAGAACCUCUCAACUAUCUAUAGCUUACAAAAGCAAACAACGAGAAAGAAACACAGCGUCAAGGAGAAAUCAAAUAUAUUUUUAAUCAAAGAAGAAGAAGAAGCUAUGGGUCUCUCUAAGGCACGCAAGCUACUCUUAGUCCUCGUCAUCACUUCUUACGUCUUUUCCGGGACUGCUCAUGCAUGGAGCUGGAGCUGGGGUUCUGGCCAAUCCGGUUCGAGCUGGGGAUGGGGUUGGGGCUCCGACAAUAACUCUGGCUCAGGUUCAGGAGGUUCAAACUCGAACACAGGUGGUGGUUCAAGCUGGGGUUGGGGAUGGAGCUCGAACGGAACAGACACAAACUGGGGUUGGGGUAGCAGUUCUGGCUCAAGUGGCACCGGGUCUACACAUAAAAGCCACCACAACCACACGGCCCCAUCAAACCACUCGAACGGCUCUGUCUCUACACACAACAAUCACAGCUCUGGUUCAAACCAGACACGCGGUAGUAGUAUUGGCUCUUCACACAAAAACCACACGGCUAUAAGAAAGAUUGAGGUUAAUGUGUGGAAGAACGGAUUCGACUACCAAGAAUGGGCUUCAAAGCGUGCACCCUUCCACACCAACGAUGUCCUUUCUUUCAAGUACAACGAUAAAAGUCAAUCCAAGAUGAAGCACAACAACAAGAACGAUGUCUACUUGCUUCCAGAUUUGAAGAGCUACCAGAGAUGCGAUGUGAGCAGAGGCAAGAAGCUAGUCGCGAGAGGAGGCUCAUCAUCAGGGUUUAAGUUGCUUCUCCGCAAGACUCAUGAGACUUACUUCUUCGCUAGUGGAGACCACAACGGCUGCAACCACAACAUGAAGUUCUCUAUCUCCCCGAUUCCUCGCUCUUCUUCACGCACUAAACCCUAAAUAUCACUUCAUUACUUUGUUUCCUUGUUAGAUUCUGUUUAGUUUCCUUUUUUUUCUUUUGUUUCUUGUGCUUCAAGUAAAUGAUGGAUUGAUUUAUUACAAAUUUAUUUGGAGAUAAUAUGAUUUAUCUUAUAUAUUUA